GAGAAUAAUAUUUCUCAUUUUAAAAGUAUUAUAAGGAUUAAAAUAAUUAACGCUAUUUUCAUACUCAGAUAUUUUUUCUCCCAGUUUUUUUAUGUUCCAGGUAACCUUUACCUACUGCGCAAAUUUAUUUAUAUUCUUUUCACAUUGAGGUUGUGUCUAAACAAAAAAUGUAAACAUUUAAUUUUAAGCGGUCGAUAUUGCGCUUAUUUUAAAUUAUUUUGUAGUAUUUACCCUGUUUUUUUGAUAAUUUCACGUCUUUCAAUUUCCGCGCAAAAAAUAGUUUUAUUAUUUUUUCAAAUCCAUUGGGAAUUAUUAAUCCAAUGUGAAUAAUAAUGGAUUUUCUGCUUAACUAAUAAUAUUCCCCUUUUGUUGUUGUUUAAUUUAGUGCGCGACAUUUUUAAUAUUUUAAACCUCAUUUUUUAAUUGUGCGUAUUCAAUAUAGUGUGUACGGACAAAAACGAUUGAAAAGGGGGAACAUAUUUAAUAAUCGAAAAAAAGGCAACGGAAAUAACAAUUUUUAAUGGGCAAAAUAUUAAAUAAUAUCGAGAGGAUUUACGUAAAAUAUCUCAUUGUACUAUUAAAAAUGUGUACUAAUAUAUAGAUAUUUUUAAAGAGAAGUAUAAUAAAUGUAUCAAGACUGAUUGAUACGAUGAAAAAAUAAUAAUAGGGGUUUUUAUUUAAUGAACUUGACCUCCACGUUUUUAUAAGCCAUUUACCUAACUUCGAUUUUAAUCAUUCCAUUAUUAAUAGUAAAUACGAUAUUAAAUUGAUACUUAUUUUUGCUGCUCAUCUAAAACGGUGCUAAAAUGGGUUCACUUUAUCGGAGCGAGGAGAUGCGCUUUUGUCAAAUGAUUGUGGAAAGGGAUGCUGCUUUUGCCUGCGUUGCAGAACUCGGCAAAAAGCCGUAUGUUCAAUUUAAAGAUUUAAACGCGGAAGUCAAUUCUUUUCAAAGAAUGUUUGCCAAGGAUAUACGUCGCUUUGACGAAAUGGAACGAAAAUUGAGGUUUUUGGAGGCGCAAAUUCGAAAAGACAAUAACACAAUACUUGGAAGUGUUGAAAGUCGAGACCCAAUUGAGGUCAUGCCGCAUCAUGAGAUUAAUCAACUUGAGCAAACAUUAGUUGAUUUGGAACGCGAUGUAAUUCACAUGAAUAACAGUGACCAACAAUUGAAGCGAAAUUAUUUGGAGCUUAAAGAAUGGCAGCAUGUAUUAGAGAAGGCGGACCAAUUCUUUGAAGGGGGAAUUAGUGAUGCCGCAGUGCAUGAGAUCGAACAGCAAAGUGCCGCUGCUGAAAGCGAAGCUGGUAUUGCUCUGCACUCUGCCGAGAAGGAACCUACUGGUUAUGUAGUUGGGGUCAUUCUAACAGAAAAAGUUAAUGCAUUUGAGCGAAUUCUUUGGAGAGUAUGUCGACGUACGGCUUUUGUUCGUCACAUUGAAAUUGAAGAGCAUCUGGAGCAUCCAGAAACGGGCGAACCAAUUAAAGAAUCUGUAUUCAUCAUCUUUUAUAACGGAGAACGACUUCGAUCAAUCAUAGACAAGGUUUGCGAAGGAUUUAAAGCUAGGCAGUACAAUCAAUGCCCACGAACAAGUCCCGACCGAAAGACUGCGCUACAACAAGUUCAAGCGAGUCUUAACGACAUGCAAAUGGUUAUGUCUCAAACAAGAGAGCAUCGAAUGAAAGUUUUGAAUGCGGUAGCAGCGAAUCAUCGUAACUGGCUUAAACAAGUUAGAGUCCACAAAUCAAUUUAUUCCACCCUUAACAACUUUACUUUUGAUGGAAUUGGCAAAUUUUUUGUCGCAGAAUGUUGGGUUCCGCUUGAUGAUGUGCAAGCCGUUCGUGAAGCAUUGGAAACUGGAGUGAGUAAGCAUGGAAGCACUGUGAAACCUGUAUUAAAUGUUGUGCAUACCAGUGAAAUGCCACCUACUUAUAACCGUACAAACAAAUUUACUGCAGUCUUCCAAGGAAUUGUUGAUUCUUAUGGAGUUGCUUCCUAUUUGGAAUUGAACCCUGCUCCUUAUACUAUAAUUACAUUUCCAUUCAUCUUCUCAUGCAUGUUUGGUGAUUUGGGACACGGAAUUUUGAUGUUUCUUUGUGGUUUGUAUUUGGUUGUUAGAGAGCGCAAUCUAGAGGCUAGGCAAAUAAAAGAUGAGAUUUUCAACAUGUUCUUUGGCGGGCGAUAUAUUAUUUUGUUGAUGGGUCUUUUCUCAAUGCAUGCUGGUCUCGUCUACAACGAUGCUUUUGCAAAAUCAUUUUCUAUUUUUGGAAGUGCCUGGAAAAAUCCUUAUCCUUCAGAGCAAAUUGGAAAAUGGCUGAACCAUUCAGAACAUGGGAAGGAGAUGUUGGUAGAGUUGCCCUCAGAAUUUGCUUUUAUGAAACAAUCAGGCCCUUAUGCGUGUCAUCCUUGGAAUUGCUCAAAUGACAUUCGGUGUAUGUCUUUCGUAUCAAAACUACAAAUACUUCAAUUCAUCGGUAUCUACUUCAUGCAAUUUAUUAUGUCGGGAGUCGGGAGUUCCCGACAAAUGGUUUGGAGAGGAGGAGGAAGAGUCGUGGCACCAGCUAGUGUAUAG